AUGCGGUGGUGCCGGAGCUUCAAUCCUUCCUCUGGGAACUCAUCGGAGACUCCCACCCCGCGGGGUCCCGUCCGUCAAUCCUCCUCUGCCGGCCAAUCAGAGCAUGAGGCCCCGCAGCCGCCCAGUUUGCCCUCCGAUGGCACCCCCCGCGGCGGCGCUGCCUCCCCAUCCACCUUCAACCUGCUCACCCGCGAGUACACCCGCACCAUCCAAACAACACACGUCGUCGACAUCAAGUCCAAGCUCCAGUCUUUCUCCUCCGGCGCCGGCGACGACUCGGCCGCCGAUUUAGGGGGAGUAGCGGCGCCGCCGCUGCUGGGGUUAUCGAGGUCGGCCCAUCUGCUGUCGGAGGUUCUCCAGCCCGACAGGGAAUCGGUGGAGGAGGCUCUCCGCCGCGUCCGCUCUGGUCGCCUCUCCCGGAUCGUCUCCGAUUACUUCGGCGGCAGCGAGAGCACCUCCCGUCUCUGCCUGCGCCUCCACGGCCGCAUAGAAUGCGCUCGCGCCAUCUACACCCCUCUCCUGAAUCUCCUCGAAGACCUCCCCAGCGCCGCGACCACCGCCGGCACCACCGCCGCCUCGUCCCCCGCGUCGAUCGCCUCGCCGUCCUCCUGCCAGAACCGACACCGCCCCCGCCGCCGCAGCCACCAAUUUCUCUCCCCGUCGCAGUGUGAAUGGGUCCUGCAAGUCUUCAAGGAGUUCUACGUCAAAGAGAACCCGUUCAGUGGCGCCGCCGGGUUCCCGGAGAUGUGUAGAUGCCUCGACGAGCUCCGCGAGGAGCUCAGAGCCUGCCUCCGACUGGCGCGGCGGCGAGCCCGCCUCCUCCCCGGCGUCGCCGUCUACUCCGCCGUCUGCCUCAUCGGCUCCGCCCUGGCCAUCACCCUCGGCGUGCUCCUCGCCGCGCACGCCCUCCCCGCCAUGGGAGCAGCUCUGGUGGGCUUCCUCCGGUGCCCCGCCGACCCACUGGCCCCCAAGAAGCGGCGGCUGACAGAGCACAUCGCCCAGCUUGAUGCUGCCGCCAAGGGAGUCUUCGUGCUGAGAAAUCACCUGAACACCGUUGAGAGACUAGUUCGCCGGGUGGACGAGGCGGUGGAGGACGACAGGGGUCUGGUCUUGCAGGCCCUCACCGUCGCCGAAGGAGACCGCCGCUUCGUCGAAGCUACAUUGAGGCAGCUCCGGCCGACCAGGGCGCCGCUGCACAGGAUGCUCCAGGAGCUCGAGGACCACGUCUGCCACUGCUGCACCACCAUCAAUAACGCCCGCAACCUCCUUUUCGAGCUCAUUGACCGUCGCCAUGGCCGCCGCCGGACAGCCGCCGGGUCCUCGGAUGAGCAGGGCAGCUAA